GUGUGUGUGUGUGUAUUUGGUUUCUCAGGGCCCCUUGUAAGAUCACAGCCGCCUGCCUGUCUCCUGCUGUUGCUGCUGUGUUGACUAGCUUUUUGCUGCCCCUUGCCUCUCCUUUCUCUUUCUGCUUAGCUCCUCGCCUUCUGGUAUUACUCCCAGCAUGGAGGUGAAUCACUCUGCACAGCUCUCGGGAGAGCCACAGUCAACACCUCCGGGGGACAGUUCAUCGGUACCCAGUCAAAAUGGCCUGGAGAAGCCAUGUGAUCAGGCCUCUUCAAUCUCUGUCCAAGCACCUCUGAAAGAGGCAGACGUGCAGCCUGAAACAGGAGCUCAUGACAUCUCUGAAGAGUUGAAUCGACAACUGGAAGACAUCAUUAACACAUAUGGACCUGCUGCUGGCACAGCAGGGAAGGAGAGCCCCAGCAAGGCCAACGAGCCGCCUGAGAACACAGAACCAGCCGACAACGAGGAUGGGGACUGUGAGGAGGCCGCGGAAGAGACUGAGCGAGAACCUGUGGCUUCCGAAGAGCCACCCACAGCCAAGGAGCCUGUCAGCAAUAAAGAGCAAAAAUUGGAAAAGAAAAUCUUAAAAGGAUUAGGCAAAGAAGCCAACCUACUAAUGCAAAAUCUGAACAAGUUGCAAACACCUGAAGAAAAGCUUGAUUUUUUAUUCAAGAAGUAUGCUGAACUGUUGGAUGAACAUCGCACUGAGCAAAAGACCUUAAAGCUUCUACAAAAGAAACAGGUACAAAUCCAAAAAGAAAAGGACCAGUUACAAAGUGAACACAGCAGAGCUGUCCUCGCUCGAAGCAAACUGGAGAGCCUGUGCCGGGAGCUGCAGAGACAUAACAAGACCCUGAAGGAGGAAACUCUUCAGCGGGCACGUGAGGAAGAAGAGAAAAGAAAAGAGAUCACAAGUCAUUUUCAGAGCACGCUGACAGAUAUCCAGGCCCAGAUUGAGCAGCAGAGUGAGCGAAACAUGAAGCUGUGUCAGGAGAACACAGAGCUCGCAGAGAAACUGAAAAGCAUCAUUGAUCAGUAUGAGCUCAGAGAGGAGCAUCUGGACAAAAUAUUUAAACACAGAGAACUGCAGCAGAAGCUGGUGGAUGCAAAACUUGAGCAGGCACAAGAGAUGAUGAAGGAAGCCGAGGAGCGACACAAACGCGAAAAGGAAUAUCUGCUGAACCAGGCAGCAGAGUGGAAACUUCAGGCCAAAGUGCUGAAGGAACAAGAGACAGUCCUGCAGGCUCAGCUCACUCUCUACUCUGGAAGGUUUGAAGAGUUCCAGAGCACACUGACAAAAAGCAAUGAGGUGUUUGCCACUUUCAAACAGGAAAUGGAUAAAACAACUAAGAAAAUGAAGAAGCUGGAAAAGGACACGGCCACGUGGAAAGCCCGCUUUGAGAGCUGUAACAAAGCUCUGUUGGACAUGAUUGAAGAGAAAGCAUUGAGAGCUAAAGAAUAUGAGUGCUUCGUGAUGAAAAUUGGGAGGCUAGAGAAUCUCUGUCGAGCUUUACAAGAAGAGAGAAAUGAACUCUACAAAAAAAUUAGAGAAGCAAAAGUGCCUGAAAAGGAUGACGAAGGUCAGCACACCUCCUCGGAUGAAGAGCCAGAGUCAACUGUUUCGGUGGGUGAAGAGGUUGACACAGAGGAAGCCAACAGAGUUCACAACGCUGUGAAAAGUCUGGCCACAGCCUUCACGGUAAUUCAUUAUCCAGAGUCAACCCUCCACCAGUCCAAAGAAUUCCAGCCAGAAUUCAGCAGUCCUCAAGGGGCCAGUGACACAGCCCUCAAAGAGCCAGAACAACCCCCUGUAAGCCCUUCAUGCCAGUCAGAGAGUCCCCUGCCUCCGCCAACUCGUGAGGCUGAGGCGGAAGGAAGCAAUGAGGCAGAGCAGCCCCCCAGAGCCAGUACUCCACCUGGGGCGUCAGAAGCACAGCUCCAAGACCAGGGUCUCUCUGUUGGAGCACAGGCUGAUCAGCAGUCCCGGAAGCCUGAGGCAGAAGCUUCUGGCCAGGCCCCACAGUCCCUAGUCGAGGCCUCCCUGUGUGUCAUGGAGGCAAAUGGUCCUGCCCCACCAACCCCAGCAGGUGAGCAAGUUCCAGCUGGUGCGCCAGGCUGUGAGCCCAGCAGGCAGCUUCCACCAGCAGCAGCCGAGGGUGUGCCCGCAGGUCCCUCAGCCAGACCCCAGCUGCCCAAAGGGUCUGACCCCAAGCUGGAGGGAGUAGACUAAGCCUCAUUGAGCCCUCAGAGGCUGAUCAUCCUGACUUCACAUCUUUGCCAUAACAGAUUUUCUUCUGAAAGAGGCGUUAAGGACUAGGGAUGUCAAUGGAAGAGACUUAAGUAGAAUCAAACAUACACACAUUCAGCCUUUGCGAUUUGUUCUCAAUUUAUAACUGAUAUGGAACUUUUCUAUUUAACCCUGGUUGAUGGUAUAAUUUUCUGGAAUGGCAACAAAACAUAUGAAUAGAAAAUUCAUAUUAAUUUGUCAUUAACAUGGGACUUAAUUCAAUUUGCCAAUCAAUAGUAAGAUUUGGUAUUUAAAGACUUCCACUACAAUAUAUAAAUACUGAAAACGUGAUAUUGUAUUUAUUUCCAUAUAUAGUUUAAUAAGUUCUAUAGUAAGUAAUGGAUGUCCAGCUUCCAUUUAAACAUUAUAUACAUAAUAUAUGCAUAUGUGUUUACAUACGCAUUGAUUUGUGAGUAUAUACACAUAUGUGCUUUUGCACAUAUAUACACAUGUGUAUAUCAUGUCUAUAUUUACAUACAUUUCUCUCAUCCUUUUUUGAAUUUCUCCCUUGCAAAAAAUCAAAAAAAUUAUCUCUUACUUGCACUUGGGACUACAGUAGACUAAUGCCCUAUGAAUCCAAAGUAGGUUCAGAAUACAAGUAUUUAGGCCAUGUAAUGUUGGGCAAAAAUAAGUAACCCAAUUAUAAACCAAUAAAUUCAACCAAUUGAUCAAAGGACAGAACAGCAGUUGGGUUUGAUUGCAAAUCUGCAUAGAAUGCACAGACACAAAGAUGACCACAGGAGGCCAUAAACAGAAAAGAGGAACACUUAGAGCUGUAAAUUGCUCACUUUUCCCAGCUGCUGCUUCUACACAACUCAGCGCAUGCCUUCCAGCCCAACCCACUUGUGGCUUCCCUCAAGGAAAGUGUUGGAAGUGGGAAAGAAAGUGGGUUGGAAGUGCUAAGGCAUGAAGGGAUCAGGGUCCUCAGGCUGAGAGGAGGCUCUGCUCGGGGCGUCUCUUGUGCUACCAGGUCUUUAUACAGAAUAUUCACCGGCCCCUGUCAACUCCUCAGUUCCUGCCCUGUCAUCUAUCACUCUCUCCAAAGAAUUUCCUACCACCUCUUGCGGUCACUGCCUCAGUCUAUAUUAGGGGUCGGCAAGCUUUUGAGAUGGAAGAGCCAAUCCUGUCCCUCACAACAAUUGAAAAAUUAUUCGAGAUCCAUAA